AUGGGAUUUCCUAAUUUUGAUCCUCCACGAGGAGUAUUUACACUGCCAAUUCCUUGUGAUGCAGCUAAUAUCUUUUGGGAAGAUGUUAAAGUUGCUGAACAUUUCAUACUUCAAAAGACAAAAGCUUCAAGUAAUAUAUUUUUUCGAGGUGUAAUUGGCACUAUUCAAAAUGUCCUUGACACAAAACAACCUCCUUUUCGAAUUAUUUUUCGUAGUGAUCCACUUGGCAUUACAUUGCAAAUUGCUGUAUCUGAAACUACAAAAGGCAUCGAGGAUGCUUGGAAAUGGUUAGAAGAUAGCUUAAGCUCUGAAUUACUAAAACUUGAUAAUCCUGGUGAAAAAGAAAACUACGUUGUUACAAAAAUUAAUUCUUUGGUCACUAGACAAUAUAAAGGAACUGAUGAAGUUUCUGAAGAUGAAAGCGUCAGAUCUGCUUCUAGAGCUUUUCACCAAACAUUUGACAUAUCACCAAAUGAGAGAUUAGUUAAUUUUUAUUCUUGUGCAUAUCACGGAGUUAGUCAAGGAUGGAUGUAUAUUAGCGAAAAUUAUUUAUGUUUUUAUUCUUUCCUACUUGGUAUAGAAACAAAGGUAAUUAUUGAAUUAAAGGAUGUUCGAAAUUUAACAAAAGAAAAAUCAAAACGUGGAAUGGUUUCAGAUUCAAUAAAAGUAAUUACAAAAGAUGAUCAAGAGCAUUUUUUUUCAAAUCUUUUUCAUAGAAAUGAAACAUAUGGCCUAUUAAUGCAAUUAACAAAUUUAUCGAUGCAACGUUUGUUAAAGAAUUCUACUUUUGAACCAGCACCAGGAACUUCAAUAUAUGAUGCAGAUUUAGACCAGAUUUCAAAUACUCCUGAUCAAAAACUUUCAUUAAAUAAGAACAAUUUCGCCGAUUCACCAAUUUCUCCAAUGACACCGCCUUUGAAAAAAGGUCUUGAGGAACAAAAACGUGACACUGAGUUUCAAAUAACAUUUAACCUACCAACAACUGAACGUUUAUUGGACGAAUGUGAUGUUUUAUUUUCAAUUCCUGAUACAAGCGAAUAUACUGCUGGAAAACUUCAAUUAUCCGAGGCUUAUCUCACUUUUCUGUCAAAUGAUCAAAAAAACUGUAGUAUUGUCUUGCCAUUAUAUACCGUUCGAAGGGUCGAGCGUCUUAACAGUUUUAAUGUAAAUUAUUAUCUUGCUCUUUCUAUAAUAAAUUGGCAUCAAAUGUCAUUGAUAUUUCAAGUAGAAGGAUCUAAAUCAAAAUGUGAAAAUUUUUGUAACACCCUUAAAGAAAAUUUAAAAGGUCAAAUCCGUUACAUGAAAAAAUUAAGGCCUUUUUUAAAUACUUGUUCGUCUGAAGUAUUAUUGAGCAAUACAAAAAAAGCAUUCAAAUUUGGGGGUUUGGGAUUAAAAUUUGGAUUUCCUGGUGAUCCUAAAAAAAUGAAAGAUUCAAGCAAGACGAAUUAUUGGAAAGACUAUCUGCAAACUAAUGGUAGAAAUUUAACAUUGGUUAGAAUUCCGAGCUUUACCAAACUCGUACGUGUAGGACUACCUAACAUGUUGCGAGGUGAAUUAUGGGAAUUGUGUUGCGGUGCAAUGUAUUUACGAUUUGUUAAUGGUGGAUUGUAUGAAAAAAUACGUCAAGAUUAUGCGGGAAAAGUUUCACUUUCAACUGAAGAAAUUGAGAAAGAUUUGAACAGAUCUCUUCCAGAAUAUAGUGCAUAUCAAAGUCCUGAUGGUAUUGAUACUUUAAGACGUGUGCUAUCUACUUAUUCUUGGAAAGAUCCUGAAUUAGGUUAUUGUCAAGCAAUGAAUAUAGUUGCAUCUGCUAUAUUAAUUUAUACAAGUGAAGAACAAGCAUUUUGGAUUUUAAGCGUUUUAUGUGAUAGAAUGUUGCCAGGAUAUUAUAGUACUUCAAUGUACGGAGCGAUUUUGGAUCAAAUAAUAUUCGAACAUUAUGUUCGUGAAACAAUGCCAAUACUUUUUGAACAUUUCCAAGAUGUCGAUGUUCAAUUAUCAGUAGCAUGUCUACCAUGGUUUCUUACAAUCUUAAAGAUUAAUGGUAACGAAUUAUUAAAAAUAACAGACGACGGUCAAUUUAUUGAUGUUUUAAAAAAAUAUUUUUUAUCGUUGGAUGAAUCAUCAUAUCCUAAUAAUCCAAAUCCAAAAAUUAAAGCAAUAACAAAGUUUAGUUAUUUGAUGAGUUUGGCAUUCAGGGAAUUUUCAAUAGUAACCACAACAAAUAUACUUGAACUUCGAAAAUCUUAUCAACUUAAAGUGGUUCACAAUAUUGAAAGUUUUACGAAACGUAGUCAAAUUCGAAAUUUAAAAGAUACAUCUAAAUUUUCGAAGGACGAUAUAUCAGCAAUCUACGACAAAUAUUAUAAUGCACAGUUUUAUGGAAAACAACGCAGUGUUCGAAAUGAUUCACGUAUGGAUUUAAAUACGUUUUAUCGAUUUUUAGGUAGCGUUGUUAGUUGGGCUAAGCUGGACGAUGAUGAUAUCAGUAAAGAGAAUGGUUCAGCAAGGGACAAACAAGGACGUAGACUCGUAGGAUACGAGCUUAUUAACAAGUUGUUUGUUCAUUUUGAUGGAUCAUUAUCAGGCGGACUUACAUUGCAAGAUGUUAUUUUAGGUCUUGGUGAAAUAAUGUUUGGUGACUUGAUGUCACGUAUACAUUUUUUUUUUAAAUUGCAUGAUAACGAUAAUGAUGGGUAUCUUUUAAAAGAAGAAAUAUUACAAAUGUCAGAAAGUUUCUUAUUUAUAUUUAGAAAUCGACAAGAUGAUAGACAUCUUAAUUCUGUUUCGAAUUUCAUAAAAAAUUCUUUUGAAUUUUCUGAUCCAUUACAACCAGAGAAAAAUCAAUUAAAAUUUAAUAACCAUGAUAGUAUAAAUUCAAAGUUACAAUCCCAAAACGAAAAUGUGGAGGAUAAAAAUGAGAGGGAUGAAAACGAGGAAAAUAAAAACGAGGGAGAUAAAAACGAGAAAGAAGAACAACGGCUAAAAGAAAUCAAAGAAAAGAUUAUUAUGAAUGAUACAGAGGAUUAUAGAAUGUCCCUUCCAUCAUUUAGAAUGGUUAUUUUGGCUGAUGCCUACCUCGAAGAAUUUUUUGAUAAAGACUUUGCUGAAUCAUUCAAAUUUAUUGUACCAACUGAAGAAAGACAAAGAAGUUUUGGUCGUGAAAUAUUUAAUUCUUUGAUGACAGAUGGUAUGAAAAUGGCAGGAAAUUUUGGUAAAAGAUUGAAUUACCGAUUAUCAAAUUCACACAACAAUAAUAAUAAUAAUGAUUCUACUGUUUCACCUGAAAGUGAACCUUUACUUGUGACAACACAUGGUACUCUUCUAUCAAAUGAGGGAAUAUGUUCUGGUGAUACAUCAUUCAUUAUAUUAAGAAAUAAAACUGUUACUGGACUUGUUGAGAUGAUUCGACAAACUCGUGUUGUUCAAGUUAGAGGUCCCCCAUAUUCUGGAAAGACUAGUUUAGCACAAGCAACUGAAAUUUAUAUCAGAAAGAAGUAUCCAAAAACACAAGUCAUAUUUAUUACUUUUGCUGCUGCCAAUGAGGAUUAUGAAUUUGAGAAAUAUAUUAAGGAAAAAUCUGGUAAAUCAUGGGAUGAAUUUUAA